CUAAUCCCCGCAAAUCCUUUUGGUUUAAGGGACAGAUACCGGUACUUCGCUUGUUUGAUGAGAGCUCGGUUUGACGAACAUAAGAAUGAGAAGGACAUGGUGAAGGCCACCCGGCUGCUGAGGGAGGCGGAGGAAGAGUUCUGGCACAACCAGCACCCUCAGCCGUACAUCUUCCCCGACUCUCCUGGGGGCACCUCCUACGAGAGAUACGAGUGUUAUAAGGUUCCUGAGUGGUGCUUGGAUGACUGGCAUCCUUCUGAGAAGGCAGUGUAUCCUGAUUACUUUGCCAAGAGAGAGCAAUGGAAGAAACUGCGGAGGGAAAGCUGGGAGCGAGAGGUUAAGCAGCUGCAGGCGGAAACCCCAGUUGGUGGUCCCAUCACUGAAGCUUUGCCCCCUGCCCGAAAGGAAGGUGAUUUGCCCCCACUGUGGUGGCAUAUUGUGACCAGGCCCCGGGAGCGGCCCGCAUAGACAGAGAGAGGAAGACACACCACCAGUCCUGCUUGCAAGUGAAAUAAGUUACGGAAAAUAUACACACUUGCCCUAAUAAAAAUAAAAGGUAUGACUGA